AUGGCAACACACGCGGCGGCCAAACGACUCUGGAAGGAAUACAAGGAUAUAUCUAAUCCGAGGACCGGAUUAAAACAAGUUCAUGUUGAGAUUGAGGACGACAAUAUUUUCUUAUGGAACGUUGCCUUGAUGGUUAUCGAUAAAGAUGCAGACUACAACGGAGCCUAUUUGAAAGGACAACUCAAGUUCCCCUCCAACUAUCCGUUUUCUCCACCGGGGUUCAAAUUUACACCACCCAUCUAUCAUCCGAAUGUUUAUAACGACGGGCGACUUUGUAUUUCCAUUCUACACGAGUCGGGAAACGAUCAAAACGACGAGCCAGAUAACGAAACGUGGUCGCCAGCCCAAAGCGUAGAGUCCGUGCUGCUUUCCAUCAUCUCCUUAUUAGAAGACCCUAACAUAUCUAGCCCUGCAAAUGUCGACGCAGCUAUUGCAUUUAAGAAACACAGAGAAGAGUACCGCAAGCGUAUUUCCGUGGAGGUGGCAAGAUCGCAGGCCAAUAUCCCCAAGGGAUUUGUGAUGCCGAACGCGGAAGAUCUGAAACAAAACCUCAAAGACGAAGAGGAGCGCCAGGAUGACGAGGACUGGUGGGAGGAUAAUUACUACGAGGCGGAGGAUGACUAUGACGAUGACGAGGAUGACAUUGAAUACGACGAGGAAGACCAGGGCUUGGAGUCGGACGAAUAA